AAAGUGAGGAGAGAUGAAGACCUGUCACAUCUGUGGGGAUUAACCAGCUCUCCAAACUUCCAUCCUCCUCAAGUGUCAUCAGAGCAGAGACAAAUCCCUUUCUUUACCUCUUGGAAGAGCAUCCCCGGCAGAUGGACGGAGGAUUUCCUGUUUCUCUUUGGUGUGAGGAGACGGAGGAGGAUCAGAGCCAAGAACUGGAACAGAGCGAACCACAAGGCCAGAGCAACACUCGGGGUUCCCCUCAGCUACGGGCCGCCUGGGACCCCUCAGUGUCGGGGCAUCGUGUGAUCCAGAGGCUGCUCCAUGUGGAGGAGAGAUACAUGCCCUCCUUGCUCUACAUCACCCUCAUCCAGAGGGAUCCAGAACGCAGGGAGGAGCUGGCCAAAUGGGCCCUGGAGGUUUGCUGUGACUGUGGAUGCGAUGAAGCAGUCUUCCCUCUGUCUGCCUCCCUGAUGGACAGGUACCUGUCUGCAUAUCUGUCCCUGCCUGUAUCACCAUACUGCCUGGCUGCUGGAUGCAUCCUGAUUGCCUCCAAACUCACAGAGUGUGACACGGUCACCGCAGAUGCCCUCUGUGCGGCGGCCGACUACAGCUUCCAGCUUUCAAACUUGCAAGAAAUGGAGCGUAUCAUCUUGGCCACCCUCCGGUGGGACACCGCCGCAGUGACUCCUCAGGACUUCCUCCCACAUUUUCUCGCCUCCAUGGAGGAACGAGGAGAAUCUGAGCAGGAGCUGUUGGCCACUCUGAGGCGGCACAGCGACACACUGGCUGCCCUGUGUGUCUGUGACUCCCGUUUUCUUGGAGCCCCCCCCUCACUUGUUGCUGCAGCAUCAUUGAACUGUGCACUGCGAGGUCUAGGCAGCAAGGGGCCUGCUCAGCUGGCUGUCAUGAGUGAGAUGUUGGCUGAGCUGUGCCAGACAGAUUUGGCUGUGCUGCAGUGCUACAGCGACAUGAUAGAAUUUGCCCUCAGGCAGCGGCUGAGCAGCGGGCUGCAGCAGAGCCCCACUGAGAAGGAUGAGGAGGUGGAGAACGAAAGGCCAGGGACUCCAACAGACAUGAGAGAGAUUGAUUUCUAAGCAUUUUAUCACACAAACCUUUUUAAAUACAUCAGUCAAACUGAUAUAAAUUCAUUAUUACCUUAACAUGUUUUAAUAUAACUUCUUAAUUUAUUUUGUGCCUAAUUUAUUUGUGAACAAUGCAUGCACCAUGUGCCAUACAUAAUUAUCUGUCUGUUAACUGUUUGUAAGCUUUGCUUUUGUUUCAAUGUUCCAUAUUUAUUCUUUAUUUAUCAUCAUGUGCAAUUGUUCACUCUUCUUUGGUGUUAAU